AUGGUACGUCUGAGGGAAAUCCCCAGGACGGCCACCUUCGCCUGGUCGCCUGGCGCCGCAUCGCCAUUGAUCGCCACCGGAACUCGCGCUGGAGCCGUUGACGCCGACUUCUCCAACAAAACAUGCCUCGAGCUGUGGGAUCUGGGCCUUGACCGCGAAGAUGCCAGUGAAGAGCUGAAGCCGCUAGCUAAGCUCGAUACAGACUCAGGUUUCAAUGAUUUGGCCUGGACCACAUCCGAAGAUAACAAACGAGGUGUGAUUGCGGGCGGUUUGGAGGAUGGUUCAUUGGAGUUGUGGGAUGCCGACAAGCUACUUGCGGGAUCUAGUGAUGCAUUGAUCUCAAGAACCACCAAACACACUGGCGCCAUCAAAGCCCUUCAGUUUAACCCGAAACACCCGAACCUCCUAGCAACCGGUGGCGCAAAGGGAGAGCUGUUCAUUUGGGAUCUCAACAACAUCGAGAACCCAUUCCGAUUGGGCAACAACGCCGCCCGCACAGACGAUAUCGACUGCCUGGAUUGGAACAAGAAGGUCCCUCACAUUCUGGUCACUGGUAGCAGCUCUGGCUUUGUGACGGUCUGGGAUGUCAAGACGAAAAAAGAGAGUCUCACUCUCAACAACAAGGGUCGGAAAGCUGUCAGCGCAGUCGCAUGGGACCCAGAGAGGCCCACAAAGCUCAUCACAUCGUCACCGCUCGAGUCAGACCCAGUGCUCUAUGUCUGGGAUCUGCGCAACUCGCAUGCUCCCGAGCGGACACUCACAGGCCACGAGUCCGGUGUGCUUUCACUUUCUUGGUGCGAGCACGAUCCAGAUCUCCUCCUGUCCGCCGGCAAAGAUAAUCGCAAUAUUUGCUGGAACCCGCAAACCGGCCAAGCCUACGGAGAGUUCCCCGUUGUCACAAACUGGACCUUCCAGACCCGCUGGAACCCCCACAACCCGAACUUCUUCGCCACUGCGUCGUUUGAUGGAAAGAUUUGUGUCCAAACUCUACAGAACACGAAGACCGAUAAUGCUCAGGCUAUCGCUGAUCACAACCAAGCUUUGGAUGGCGAAGAUUUCUUUGCCAAGGCGCAGACUCAACCUCAGGUCUCCAAGUUCUCACUCCCGAAGGCUCCUCGCUGGCUUGAGCGGCCUUGCGGCGCUACGUUCGGAUUUGGAGGUCGGGUCGUUUCCUUCGGUCUAAACGAGAAGGGCUCUCGUGUGUCUACCAUUAAAGUCACGCCGUUCGAGGUGGAUGAGAGCAUUGGCAAUGCCACCGAGAGCUUCGAGACUGCAUUGAAAGAAGGUGAUAUUCAUACCCUUUGUGAAUCGAGGGCUUCGGGUGCCUCCGAUGAGGCAGAGAAGGCGGACUGGAAGGUUAUGCAGGCUCUGAUCUCCGAAAACCCACGCAAAGGCUUGGUGGAGUACCUAGGAUUUGCCGAUCAGGCUGAUGAGGCAGCGGAUGGUCUAGCGAACCUUGAUUUGGACAAGAAGGAAGGCGAAGAGGCGAAUGCCCUGGCCGCCAAACCGGCUCGUGCUAAGAAGCACAAGCGUCUGCAAUCUAUGUUCGAUGCCAACCCUGAAGGUGACAGCUUCCUUUCCGAACUGGCUGCGUCAAAGGGUGCGCAAACCAACAACCCCUUCCAAAUUUUCAACGGCUCUGAGAGCCUGGCGGAGCAGCAGAUUACCCGAGCUUUGCUCCUUGGAGAAUUUGACAAGGCUCUGGAUGUUGCCCUUCGAGAGGAUAAGAUGUCAGACGCUUUCAUGAUUGCUAUUUGCGGUGGCCCGAAAUGCGUUGAGAAGGCUCAGGAGUAUUACUUCUCCAAGCAGGCGAAUGGACCGAACUAUAUGCGCUUGCUUGCAUCUAUUGUGGGUAAGAACCUGUGGGAUGUGGUACACAAUGCCGACCUGUCCAAUUGGAAAGAAGUCAUGGCUGCCUUGUGCACUUUCGCCGACGAGAAGGAAUUCCCUGAUCUCUGUGAUGCUCUCGGUGACCGUCUGGAGGAGGAGGUUCGGAACAGCGAGGAUAAGAGCGCCCGAAAGGAUGCCUCUUUCUGCUUCUUGGCAGGCUCGAAGCUGGAGAAGGUGGUCGCCAUCUGGGUCGAGGAGCUCCGCGAGAAUGAGCAGAAGGGGAUCGAAAGCAAUGCCGACAACAACUCCUUCUCCAUCCAUGUCCGUGCUCUCCAAGGCCUGAUCGAGAAGGUUACCAUCUUCCGUCAAGUCACCAAGUUCCAGGAUACCGAGCGGAACAAGGACUCAGAUUGGCGCUUGAGCGUCUUGUAUGACAAGUAUAUCGAAUAUGCCGAUGUCGUAGCUACCCAUGGACGCCUGCAAAUUGCUCAGAAGUACCUCGACCUGGUGCCUGAGAAGCACCCUGAAGCCGAGGUGGCACGCAACCGCAUCAAGCUUGCCACAAGACAGGCACCCCAGCAGGCACAGGCCGCUGCUGGGGCCAUUUCUGGCUCCAAGGCGCUCCCGCAACAGCCCAAAUCGUACCAGCCGCCAACUUACAAAUCUCCUGCUUUAACAACUCCCCCCUAUCCAACGAUGACUCCACCGCCAGUUCAGGCUGCUCAGCCUGCCAAUCCCUUUGCUGCGAUGUCGACUGGAGGGGCCUAUGUUCCAGCAGGUGGAUAUCAGCCAACUCAGGGCAUGAGGCCUACGGCAUAUGCCCCGCCAUCUGCGUUCGGCGGACAGCAGCCCACACCCGCUGGUAUCCCUCCCCCUCCUCGUGCGUCGUCUAACCAGUCGCCGGCCAACACUAUCACAACAUACACCACGGCCACCGGCCUUCCUGCAUGGAAUGAUCUGCCAGAGGGCUUCGCCAAGGCUCCAGCACCCCGUCGGGCGACCCCCGCUGCUGCUGCUGCACCCAUCGCCUCCCCGUUCCCCAAUCAGUCACCUACUCUGACUCAAGGACCUCCCCCAGUUGGCGCACCGCGAGCACCAUCUGUGCCUCCCCCACCAAAGGUCGGCACUGUGCCUCCGCCCCGCAUGAUGUCGCCGCUAUCGGGUGGCCAGUCUGUAUCUCACAUCCCUGGACCUUCCCCACCGCCACCUGCCAACCCAUACGCUUCUCUCCCACAGUCCCCUCCUCUCGCCCAGGGGUCAACUAUGGCUCCUCCGGCAUCGAUUCCUCGGGGACCUUCGCCCUACAAUGCUCCUCCUAGCAUGCCACCGGUAAUGAACCGGUACGCACCAAGCCCAGCUGCCCAGGCUGCGAGCCCGCAACUGCAGGCUCGUGGCCCGGUCCCUCCACCCCCUCAGGCCGCUGCUUCGCCAUACGCCCCGCAAGCAGUAUCACAACCGCCUGCGGCAAACCCGUAUGGGCCCACCACGCCCAUUGCUACACAGGCUCCGCCUAUGGCACAGGCUGUUGCACCGCCCCCUCAAGUAUCUCAACCUUUAGCAGCUCAAUCACAGCGGCCCACUCCCCCGGCUCCAAAGUAUCCCCCUGGUGACCGUUCCCACAUCCCUGCGAAUGCCCAGCCUGUCUUCGAAAUUCUCUCGACAGAUAUGCAGCGCGUCAAGGCCCGAGCCCCUGGGGCUUUCAAGGCACAGGUCGAUGAUGCGGAGCGCCGUUUGAACAUCCUCUUCGAUCACCUCAACAACGAAGAUCUGCUCAAGCCUAACACAAUUGAGGAUAUGGCCAAUUUGGCUCGUGCAAUCCAACAGCGCGAUUUCAACAGCGCCCUCGCUAUUCACGUUGACAUCAUGACCAACCGUACUGAUGAAUGUGGCAACUGGAUGGUCGGUGUCAAGCGACUGAUUAGUAUGAGCCGUGCGACCCCGUAA